ACAAAGUAAAUCAAACACCAAUGUAAAGAAAGAAUCUUUGAAGUUAGGCCCUAGGUUUUUCCCUCAUUUCGAUGCCAGAAUUUGCUCAUCUCUGUACCAGCAAGCUUCCUUCACCAAGCAGAGCCAUGGAAGAUUGCUCAGUCCGAAGGUAACCCAUCUCAAUUCACAAGGUACAAGGAGGCUUGAAUUUGUAAUGGUAAUUGAUCUGUGCUCAACAAAAUUCUAUCUUUAACUUGAGCCGUCUUACAAUCUACAAGAUUAUCAAUUUUGGAUCUGACUAAAGAUUCGAGCUUUUUGUAUUAAUCUCAACUGUAAUGUUGGUUCUAUGUUAUGAUUCUUAGAGCUGUUGGUAUUUGAAUUAUGGGUUUUCUAUUUUGUGCUGGAAAUUAGUAGUUGAAAUUGAAAGUUCUGAUCUUUUGGGGUUAAGAGUCAGCAAUUGGGUACUAGGGUAGAGCCGUCAGAGUAAUAUUGGGUUAGUUUGGGAAUUGCCACCAUGGAUGGUGCUGGGGAAUCUUCUGAAUCUGGGUCUGCAGCGUCAAGUCUGAAAUCUAUGGAAAAUGGGUGUUCUGGUAAAGAUGAUGGGUGCCCAAAGCAAGUGUCGCCUCUUAGAGGUGGUGGGUCGAGGAAUACGAGUCCUUUGGGUUGUGUAAGAUCAAGAAACACUAGCCCUUCGAGGCAGAAGGUGGUUAAGACAAAACCGCGAGGGCUAGAUGAGGAAACGGCUUCAACUUUUGGCAAAGCAAUUCAUCCUGAUGUUCAAAUGGAGGAUAAUAUAUGGGCAAUGUUGCCAGAGGACUUGUUGAAUGAGAUAUUAGCUAGGGUUCCGCCAUUUAUGAUAUUUAGGCUCCGGUGUGUUUGUAAACGGUGGAAUACAAUUCUACAAGAUAGAAGUUUUCUUAAGUUCCACUCGCAAGUGCCAUCUCACGGGCCUUGUCUUCUCACAUUCUGGAAGAACUCUCAGACCUCACAAUGCUCAGUCUUCAGCUUACCAUUAAAAACAUGGUACAGAAUUCCGUUCACAUUUUUGCCACAGUGGGCAUUCUGGUUGGUGGGCUCUUCUGCUGGUCUAGUUUGCUUUUCUGGGCUUGAUGGCUUAAGUUUUAAAACCUUGGUUUGUAACCCUCUUACACAAACUUGGAGGACAUUGCCAAGUAUGCAUUAUAAUCAGCAAAGGCAGCUGAUAAUGGUUGUUGAUAAGAAGGACCGGUCAUUUAAAAUUAUAGCCACUAGUGAUAUUUAUGGUGACAACAAGUCGUUGCCCACUGAAGUAUAUGAUUCAAAGCUAAAUAGUUGGUCAAUUCACCAGAUAAUGCCUGCAGUUAAUCUUUGCUCCUCAAAGAUGGCAUAUUGCGACUCCAGACUAUAUUUAGAAACCCUUUCUCCACUUGGCCUAAUGAUGUACCGGUUGGACACAGGAUUCUGGGAACACAUUCCAGCUAAGUUCCCACGGUCUCUAUUGGAUGGUUAUUUGGUAGCUGGCACCCAAAAGCGUCUGUUUCUAGUUGGAAGGAUUGGUCUUUAUAGUACUCUUCAGAGUAUGAGAAUAUGGGAAUUGGAUCAUACAAAAUUUAUAUGGGUGGAGAUUAGCAGGAUGCCUCCAAAGUAUUUUCGAUCUUUGUUAAGGUUAUCAGCUGAGAGAUUCGAGUGCUCUGGACAGGAUAACUUGAUUUGCUUCACAUCGUGGAACCAAGGGAAGGGCCUUCUCUAUGACGUGGAUAAGAAGGCGUGGUCCUGGAUUGCAGGCUGUGCUCUUCAGUCGUACAACAGCCAGGUUUGUUUCUAUGAGCCGAGAUUUGAUGCUUCCAUCUACUGAGAAGAAAGUUUUGCUUUGCAGUUCUUGUUUUAUUUACUAGCCAGAGAAUUAUCAGUGGACAGCAUCUCCAGUUAGCAUUUUUCCCUUGAUCCAUUCUUUGCUUCUUCUCCAUAUGGUGCUGAAGGGAUUUGACACGGGGCUUGGUGGCUAAUCAUGUCUCUGUGAUGCCUAAUGAUUGAGCAAAGGCUGGUUGAUAGAGAAAGAACGUGGUCAGGGGGAAGAACUGUAAGAAGGCAAUUUUUUCCAAAUCUUGUACACAUUUUGAAACUAUUAACAUCCAACCUGUACAUUUAAAAGUUUACCGUGCCUUGCUAAUUUUAUUAAGUCAUUAUCUGAGAAUUUAUUUGAUA